AGGAAGCUGGGCUGGUGGCGCUUGAAUGUGGGGGUUUCUGCAAGGCCGUGCCAAUGGCACCUGCGCCCCUUGGCCCCAGGCUGGGCUCGACCGGAGGGAGGAGCUCACUGGCGGCCAGCUGGCAGAGGUGAAGCCAGAGGCCCAGACAUGGGGCAAGGUGGAGCAGGACUUGGCGGGGCGCCCGGCCAGGCCCCCAACUCAAGGCUCCUGCUGUGCACCCUCUAGAGGCUGCCCGGCGCUCCCCACCCACCACAGGCAGCAGCCAGGAGCCACCUCUCAUUGUCCCCAACAAGCCUUCCGUGCCGUGUCGUGUCUGCCCUCCCAUGCCUCCUCUGGGGUGCUCCCGACCCCUGGGCGGUCCCCACCCACAGGGCCCGAGCCUGCACCCCACUCCCAAGGGUGCCCACACCCUCGAGGCCCGCCUCCCUUCCCCAGGGCUCCCGGAGGCGCUGACUGCUCCCGGAGGCUCCGGCGUCUGGUACCAGACAGCCCCUUGCCAUGGCCAGCCCGGGGCCGCCCUGUGCGGUCAGGGAGCCCGAGCCCGGCGGCAGCUCGGUGUCGGGGGCGGCAGUGCUGGAGCAGGCCCAGGAGCUGUUCCUGCUGUGUGACAAGGAAGCCAAGGGCUUCAUCACUCGGGCCGACCUGCAGCGCCUGCAGGCAGACCUGCCGCUCACGCCCGAGCAGCUGGAGGCCGUGUUCGAGAGCCUGGACCAAGGGCGUACCGGCUUCCUCACUGCCCGCGAGUUCCGCCUGGGCCUGGGGAAGUUCGUGGGGGCAGAGCUGGCCCCUGGCGCACUGCCCUCCCAAGAGGCCGAGGAAACCUUUGAAUGGGGCUGGUCCGACGCGGCAGGCGCGGGGGACUGCCUGGAGGAGGAGGAGGAGCGAGCGCGCGCAGCCCUGGAGCAGCUGGGCGUGGCGCGGGCGCUGGGAGAGCAGCGGGCGGUGCGGGCUCUGUGGACGCGGCUGCAGCGGGAGCGCCCCGAGGUGCUGGGCGCCUUCGAGGACGUCCUGGUCUGCGCGUCGGCCUGCCUGCAGGAGGCGGCCCGGGAGCGCGACGGCCUGGAGCGGGCGCUGCGCCGACGGGAGCGCGAGCACCAGCGGGAGAUGCGGAGCCUGUACGAGGAGGUGGAGCAGCAGGUGCCCCCGCAGCGCCCGCAGGUUCAGGACCCGGCCCGGGAGGAGCGCGGGGGCCACCUGGAGCUGGAGCUGCUUUUCCGGGAGCAGGAGCUGGAGCGCGCGGGGCUGCGGCAGCGGGAGGGGCCCCGGGUCCUGCUGGUGCGCUGGGCUCCCUAAGCCGCCCCCCCCCCCACAGCUGGAGCAACAGCUGCAGGCGCGCGCCGCGGAGCAGAGGGAGGCGCAGGCGCAGAACGUGCAGCUGUGGCGAGUCCAAGAGGCGCUGCGCGCGCAGCUGGAGGGGCUGCAGGAGCGUCUGCGCGGAAUGCAGGGCGCGGCGCGGGGCCGCAGGGAGCAGAGGCAGCGGGACGUGGUGGCCGUGGCCAGGAACAUGCAGACUGAGAAGCUCAGCCUCCUCAGGCAGCUGGACCUCCUCAGGGACCUGAACACGCGGCUGCGAGACGAGAGGGACGCCUGGGAAGCCAAGGGGCUGAGUGGACGCAGGAAGGUGCUGUCCGCAGCCCGCCCGCCCGCGCCCUCCUCCUGCUGCGGCUGCUGCUGCUGCUGCGGCUGGACGCGCCCCCCCAGGCGCGGCUCGGGCCACUUCCCCAGCGCCCGCUGACCCCCUCGGCUCCACCAUUCGGGACCCGCCCGACUGAAGAAUGAAGGAACUGACUGGGUGCGAGGGCACACGGGCCCUCCUCCUGUCCCCGUGUUCCCAGACUCUGCCCACAGAAAACUUUUCAUAUAAAAUAAAGCCCACUGUGGUCUGGGAAGUGUCGCAGCGGAUAAAGCAUCGGACGCACCAAAGUAAAAGACU